GACGGGGAGAGCGACAGAAAAAAAAAGAAAAAGAAAAGAAAGAAAAGGAAAAGCGCCCGGGUCCAUCUCUCUCCUCUUCAUGACGUAGCUCGGUGUGGUCCCGGGGGUCCGCCGCUCUCUGGUCCCGUCUCCACAGUCCGAGCAGCCUGCGGUGCGACGCGCGCGGUGCCGAGCGGCGAGGUGCGUUGCGGGUAUCCGCUGUCCUUCUACUUCCACGCUCCCCCGGCUUGUCCCACAUAUCAGUGAACUGUUUCCACACUGCCUCAACAGAGAGAGGAGAGACCCCGCGGAGAGAGAGAGGGCGGAAAGGAGAAAGAGAGAGAGAGAGAGAAAGAGAGAGAGGAGGAGGAGGAAAAUAAAAAAAGGCAUUAAGAGGAGAGAAGAGGAGGAAGGAGGUCGCCUUAGUCCCUCUCCUGAAUCUCCAACGAGAAGAUGCUGAGAAUAGCCGGCGUGCUGGCUGCUCUGGUUUUGGGGUUGAGCGCCGCUCACACCAAAGUGAAUAAACACAAGCCUUGGAUUGAGACAUCAUACCAUGGGGUGAUCACUGAAAACACUGACAUCGUUCUGCUGGAUCCUCCCCUGGUGGCCCUGGAUAAAGAUGCUCCAGUUCCUUAUGCAGGGGAGAUCUGUGCAUUCAACAUACACGGGCUGGACGCACCGUUCGAGGCAGUGGUGCUGAACGGUACGUCUGGUGAGGGCCAGCUGAGGGCACGGGGCCUGGUGGACUGCGAGUUACAGAAGGAAUACACCUUCAUCAUUCAAGCUCAUGACUGCGGGUCGGGCCCUGGGGGCAUCGAGGGCAAGAAGUCCCACAAGGCAGUGGUGCACAUUCAGGUCAACGAUGUCAAUGAGUUUGCCCCAGUCUUUCGAGAGCCCCAGUAUCGAGCAGCAGUGACAGAGGGCAAGAUUUAUGACAAUAUCCUGCAAGUGGAGGCUACUGAUCAGGACUGCUCCCCACAAUACAGCCAGAUCUGCAACUACCAGAUCACCACCACUAACACACCCUUCGCCAUCGAUCGUAACGGUAACAUCCGGAACACGGAGAAACUGAGCUAUGAUCGCCAGCAGCAGUACGAGAUCCAGGUGACAGCCUGGGACUGCGGCCAGAAGAGAGCCUUGCACAGCGUUCCUGUCCGCAUUGACGUCAAGCCGGUCUGCAAACCUGGCUGGCAAGGCUGGAAUAAGCGAGUGGACUAUGAGCCGGGAACAGGCAGUAAGCAGCUGUUUCCCAGGAUGCACCUCGAGACCUGUGGCGGACCUCUGUCCUCGGUGAGGACCACUGUGGAGCUGCAGACCAGCCACAUUGGAAAGGGCUGCGACCGGGAGACCUACUCUGAGAAAUCUCUACAGAAACUCUGUGAGAUGAACCGUCAUCACUACUCGCUGUAUGUCCAUAAUUGCCGCCUGGUGUUUCUGCUGAGGAGAGACUUCACCCAGGUAGACACCUUCCGGCCGGCCGAGUUCCACUGGAAACUAGAGCAGAUAUGCGAUAAGGAGUGGCAUUACUAUGUCAUCAAUGUGGAGUUCCCAGUGGUGACGCUCUAUGUGGACGGAGUGACCUAUGACCCCUACCUGGUGACGGACGACUGGCCCAUCCACCCCUCACAGAUUGAUGUUCAGCUCACAGUCGGUGCCUGCUGGCAAGGUGGGGAGGUGACCAAGCCGCGGUUCACUCAAUAUUUCCGGGGAAGCCUCUCUGGACUGACCAUACGACCGGGAAAGAUUGAGAGUCAGAAAGUCAUAUCCUGUCUGCAGGCCUGCAAAGAGGGACUGGACAUAAACUCCCUCGAGAGUCUGGAUAAGAGUAUAAAGUUUCACUUUAACCCAGCUCAAUCCAUCCUGGUAAUGGAGGGCGAGGACUUGGAGAACAUGAACGCCGCUGUGAGGAAAGUUUCCUACAUAAACUCCCGUCAGUUUCCCACACCAGGCAUCCGACGCCUGCACAUCUCCACUACCGUCCAGUGUUUUGGUGAAGACACGUGUAUUACCAUCCCAGAUAUUGAUGCAGUGGUGAUGGUGCUUCAGCCCAGUGAACCCAGGAUCACAAUCAGCGGAGUGGAGAGACUGAGCCAUCCAGCCUCCGACUUCAGAGCAUCAGGAGGGAUUGUUCUGUUCCAGGACCUCCACAUCAUCAGCACAGUCACCAGGGCAGACACCGCUGCACAUCACACAGCACAUCGACCUGGAGUGAUGGAGGAGAUCAUUCAUAACUUAGACUACUGUGAUGUCCUGGUGCUGGGGGAGGAGCUGAGCCCAGAGCACGAAUCUCUCCAACUGCAACGAAGCGCUCUGCUUGGAAAACACCUUGAUGCAACCAACUCCACCUCUGGCAUGUCCAUAUACGGCGUGGACUCCAUGUCCAACUAUGAGCAGGUGAUCCGAGAGGUGCGCUACUACAACUGGCAUCCCGGGCAGCUAACAGAGAGGCGUUUUCGCCUCACCUGUUCAGAGCUCAACGGACGCUACACCAGCAACGAGUUCAGCCUUGAGGUGAGCAUCCUGCACAGUGGAGAAGCGCGGGAACACAUCAAUCACGUGGUAGCUCCACCUCCGUACGUGCAGGUGGUCCACCAUCCGUCCAUGAUCCAGGAUCUGUACCCCGUCCACAGCUCGGGUGUACCGAGUGCUGCCACCGUGGUAAUAGUAAUGUGUAUCGCUGCCCUGGUGGUGGUUGUAGUGUUGGGCAUUUACCGCAUCCACCUGACCCACCAGCAGGAGGUGAAGUUGGCAGAUGCGGCUAAAGAGGCAGACGUGACCUGGGACGAGUCUGCUCUGACGAUCACAGUGAACCCAAUGGAGAAGUUGGAGGAGCCUCAGGCUGCAGAGGAGGAAGCCAGCGAGGAGGAGGAAGACGAGGAGGAGGAGGAGGAAGACGACGACGAGGACGACAUCACCAGCGCUGAGUCAGAUGACAGCGAGGAGGAAAUAGACGUCCAGCUACCCAGGAUGCAACGCUCGACCAAGAAAGGCCAAAAUUGGGACAAAACAACAAUAUCCUAUUGAAACAUACACACGUACAUACACCCUCACACACACACACACACACUCUACAACACAUCUAUACUCAAAUCACAUGGCUGAAACAAAAAGACUAUGAUGUUGAUGCUCUAAAAAUAAGGUAAUAUCGCCCCCUACUGGAAGACAACACUUAACCACACACAGACACACACACACAGUUACACACACAGACACACACACAGUGCAGUGAUUUAACCUUAGCCUUGUCACAGAACCUCCUGUUUUAUACAGCUGAUAAGAGAUAAUAUGACUCUAAAAGUGCUCCUCAAUCACAUACUUUCGUUGUUCUUAGACGAAGAGAUCACCAAAUUUAGUUCAUUCCCAGAGAGAUGUCCCAUGAAUUAUCUCUCUCCCAUUCCAAUGCAAUCUUUAGUGAACUCGAGCUGUAGGAGAAGCCUUUUGUCAGUGAAACCCUGCAUCAUGCAUUCAGUUUGAUGAGUCAAAUUUCACAGUAAGAUUUCUGAUGUCCCAUAUAAGAAUCAAAAUGCAAAACCUCCUUUAUUUAGGAAAAGUCAAUUGCAAAAGUAAAGAAACUGACUAUUUUUUGGUUUGUAUACUUCAUGUUAUUUAUCAGUCUUUAUUCUGGCCUAUGUGGCAAAGCCAGGUAAUUUUACAGAAAUAGCAUAUUUUAAAUGGUACUCAAAAACAAAUAGAACAAAAAAAAGGGAAAAAAAGAUGAUCAAUGUGCUGUCACAGACGUCAUGUUGAACUAGCCGACAGGGCCUGUGUUCUGGGUUUUUGGGAAAGACAGAGGAGUCUCCUUGUACAUUUUUAUACGCUCCUUUCUUGUAAAUAUUGAGUAUAGUAGGUGACCCCGACCCACUGAGUCAGCCCCACAUUGUCUAACCAGAGACCUUCCUCUCCACCUGUACACAACACACCUCUUCAUAUGUAUGUACACGCCCUAAUCCCUUAGCCUGCAGGAGUCUUUCCAGAGCCGAGCCCCAGAUCCUGCCUGCGUGUUUUUAGCUCAGUGUUCAGAUCAUUCUGGCUAAUGGCAAACUUGGGUUUGCUCUCGCGGAUGUGCUACUGCCUUUCAAAUAGGUGGGUUAUUAAAAGCUGCACUAGGUGAGAUUUUUUAUUUAAAAAAAGAGAAGAGCCUCUCAUUAAACAACAGCAGAAACUCAGUGAUAGAGUUUUGAUUUAAAGUCAAAAAUUCCAGCUGUAAAACACACAAUCCUUGGUGUGGAAGCUAGCUUAAUGGAAUGAAAUGUUAGCCGCUAGCUAGUGAUUUCAAAAAGGGAAAAACUAAGCUAAAAGUGUACUUGGACUUAUAAGGUGAAUGUAAUACAAAUCUAAAUAAAUUAAACUGUUGCUUCAUGUCUGCUGGGUGUGUAGAUAGUCAGCAGUUAGCCAACACAUUAGCCAUAUCAAUUGUGAGUUUCACAUCUUGCAGAACUUAACUUGGUACAGCUUUUACUUUGUUACCCAUCAAACUACUUUGUAGCUCUAAGGUAUUGAUCAUAUUUGGCAGAAAUUUCAAACCUUCAGAAACCUUCAACAGUGACCAGGCCAAUAAAUAGUCAAGCUCUCACAUUAUGCAUUUAAAGACACUUUAUUGUGGCCUAAUGGCCUAAACUAGAAAACACAGCCUUCCUAACUGGAUUGCUAGUGUCUACAGAGACAUCAGAUACACACUGCAAAAAAAUAAAUAACAAAUUUAAAAUAGAAGAGGAACUUCUCCAAACUUCUAACUUUGAAAAAAAAACAACGCAGCAUUAAUGGAAGAAAUUUAGGUCUAGAGACUGAUGUCACAUUACAUAAAUCCCACCUCAUUAGCCAACCCUUGAGGCCGCCGGAUUGUGAAGUCGCCUCGUGCAACUUUUAAGAGGACAGAGAGUGGAAUGCAUUUGGCAGUGUCACGUUUGACGCGAUCAGAAAACCCAGUCGUGU